GGAACAUAUGUAACAUUGUAACUCCAUGCUCGGACUGAUCCGUGUUUUUAUAUAAAUGCGGUCUUUAGGACCUUGAUUGUUUUCAUUUUUAGGGAACGUGACUUCCCUGUAGAAAUGUGUUGUCAAUGUAGUUGUCUUGGCAACAAGGGAGCGUUUUAAACAAACGUGAAGGCAACUAGAAUGCCCCCUAAGAAGAAAGGAGAGUCUGCCCUUAAGCAGGAUACAGCUGGACAAGGAGUAGAGGACUCAGAACACCCUGGGUCUGACAGUGAGGCUCUGCUUCAGAGAGAGUACGACAAGCUAACCGACACCUUGAACAACCUCAAGAGGAAAGUGGAAAAGUUACGGCGUGAGAAUGAGUUCCUACAGAAUGAGGCCAACCAGACUCGCAUGGAGAGCCAAGAGUACAUGUCGUACAUGUCCAAGCGGACCCAGAAGCGUCAGAGUGCCAUCGUCACCCUUAGCGACCAAAACCACCAGGCGCAGGAGAACCUGAAGAGACAGAGGGAGGAGAAUCUGGACAAAUACCAGGAACAGGCCAAUGAGCUGAAGAAGGAGAUUCUGGAGAAGGAGAAUGAACUGGCGCUGUUAAAUAUUGAGAUUGCUGAGCUCCGGGAAUUUAAAAGCUUGCAGCAGCAGCAGCUGGGGCGUAUAGCAGAGCUAGAGAGGGAGGUGACCAGUAUGCACUGUCGUCACUCUGAAUCCCUGCAGGCCCUGAAGGCUGGCUUCCUCAGUGAGAAAGAGAGGUACGAAGCACAGGCCAAACAAAAAAUACAGGCCCUGGCCCUCGCUGCUAAUAGGGAGGCAUCUCGCUGCCUAAUGUCCCACACUAGAGCUGUGUCCCUGGAAAACCAGCAUCUGAGGGAGGAGCUGCAGCAGCUGAUCCAGAGAGCCCACUCCCUGAGGGGACUUCAAGACCAGCUCCAGGCCCAGAGGCAGCAGCUCCUACUGGAGAGGGAGUACGUCAGGGAGCUGAGGCGCCUCCGAGCCACCCCGGGGCCGACCCCACAAGGGUCCCACACUCGGCCACUGGGGGUGGACAGUGGGAGAGAAGACACAAGACGCCACCGCACAGCAGAUACCUGAGAGAUAAUACAUAUGGAAUCAUGUAGUAACCAAAAAAGUGUUCGAUCAAAAUAUGAGAUUCUUCAAAGUUGCCACCCUUUGCCUUGAUGACAGCUUUGCACACUCUCGGCAUUCUCUCAACCAGCAUCAAUGGGUAGUCACCUGGAAUGCAUUUCAAUUAACAGGUGUGCCUUGUUAAAAGUUAAUUUGUGGAAUUUCUUUCCUUAUUGCUUUUGAAGACACGUUAAUUAAAAUGCAUUCCAGGUGAAUACCUCAUGAUGCUGGCUGAGAGAAUGCCAAGAGUGCAAAGCUGUCAUCAAGGCAAAGUGUGGCUACUUUGAAUAUAUUUUGAUUUGUUUAACAUAUUUUUGUUUACUACAUGAUUCCACAUGUGUUAUUUCAUAGUUUUGAUGUCUUCACUAUUAUUCUGCAAUGUAGAAAAUAGUAAAAAUUAAGAAAAACCUUUGAAUGAGUAGGUGUGUCCAAACUUUUGACUGGUAAUGUAUAUAGAUAGAUAGAUACGUGUGUAUGAAGGCAACAUGUAAAUUGUUGGUUCCAUGUUUCAUGAGCUGAAAUAAAAGAUCCUGGAAAUUUC